AUGCAAAAAUGCAACAAUGGAGCAUACUACCUAGGACAUGUCGUCGCCGGAAGUGGUAUGUAUCGCAUCCGACUCAAUGAGGACAAGCGUCGAGUGGCCGUUGACUGGGCUCUGAUUGAAAUGUCGAGCAAUAGAAUCCACCGACAAAUGCAUGCUGAUGAGGUCUCUGGCAACAUUGGGUUCCGGUACAGCAACAACACCAGCAGAAACAGGAUCGAUCGUCCAUAUCAUGGUGGUUCAAUCCUGGAUGCCCGCGACGGGAUGGGACUUUUCAAGUCCGGGCGAUCUACUGGUCUAACAUCUUUUGUGCUUCACAGCUUGGGAUCUGUCGAGCUUGAUCGGCUCAAAAGCAAACAGAGACAUGGAUACAGUUUUGUCAUCAAUUGGGCUCGGAAGGCCUCGACUUCGGAAUCCACAACAUUCGCAGAAGCCGGAGAGUCUGGUGCUUGGAUAACAAGAGUGGAUGGAAUGGUCUUCGACGACGGCGCCGUUGAGGUCAGAAUCGCUCCCACGCCAGUUCCGUGA